UAUAUAUAAAGCUCAAAGCCAGUAAAGGAAAGCAUAAAGCCAAUAACACCAUAUUGAGUUCUACUAAAACUCUAUAAAUUGAACUAGUUUCCUUGUUUGGAGGUCAUUCAAAUUGGCCAAGAGGUAGCACAAAAUGAAGAGAUUAAUGGCGAUGAUGGAAAAACAUAAACCAUACAUUGCAAUGCUCUUUAUUCAAUUUGUAUAUGCAGGAAUGGCUUUGUUGUCUAAGGUUGCAAUUUCAAAGGGAAUGAGCCCUUAUGUGUUUGUUGUUUAUCGACAAACCUUUGCAACACUUGCCUUAUCCCCAUUUGCUUUCUUUGACAGUAAGCAUGCUGCUCCUCUGUCAUGCAACUUAUUGUGCAAAUUGUUUCUAGUUUCCCUUGUUGGGCUAACAGCAAGUUCAAACCUUUACUAUGUUUCCAUCAACUACACCUCUGCCACAUUUGCUGCAGCCAGCACAAACACAAUCCCUUCCAUCACUUUCAUCCUGGCUGCUUUACUUAGGGUGGAAAGCAUUUCCAUAAAACAUCUUCAUGGAGUGGCCAAGAUUUUGGGUUCUGUUCUAAGCCUCACAGGGGCUGUAACCUUUGCUUUAGUCAAAGGACCUCCUCUACAUUUUAUCAGAGAAAAUCAGAAUCAUGGUUCUCACAUAUUAUCAAUGGUUCACUCCAAAGGGGAUAGUAUUAAAGGCUCUAUUAUGAUGCUAUCAGCAAACGCUACUUGGUCCUUGUGGCUUAUUUUGCAGGGAUUUAUUGUAAAGCAAUACCCGGCAAAAUUUCGCCUUACCAUUAUACAGUGCUUUUUUAGCUUCAUACAGUCAGCAAUUUUGGCUGUUGCAGUGGAGAGGAAUAAUCCUCAUGCAUGGAGGCUUGGAUGGGAUAUUCAUCUUCUUUCCGUGGCUUAUUGUGGUGUUGUUGUAACAGCCAUUUGCUAUUGGUUGCAAGUCUGCACUAUAGAGACCAAAGGUCCUGUAUUCACAGCAAUGUUCACCCCUCUAGCCCUUGUGAUUACAGCAAUAUUCUCAGCAAUUUGUUGGAAAGAAACACUUUACUUGGGAAGCAUUGGUGGCACAAUUUUGUUGGUGAUUGGACUCUAUAGUGUCUUGUGGGGGAAGAACAAGGAGGGUGUAAAAGUGGUAAACCAUGAAGUUGGACAAGUAAAAGAGGAAACCAGAUUGGAGUGCAUUAUACAGCACUGACUGAUUAGACAAAAUUUAGCAAUGGAAUCAAUGUCCUCCCAUGAAUGCCCUUUUGUGUUUGUUAACAUUAUCAUAUGUAUAUCUUGUCGACUUUUAACUAGCUUAGGUUGCCUUUAUCCUAUGUUCUAUAGAAUCAAUCUGUUUAGAUAUUAUGUUUUAUUUAGUUUGUUC